AUAUAUUUUACAAUUAUGCAAGAUAUUGAACUAGAACAAAAACAUUUAUAGACAAUAUUAUAUCAAUUUAUAAACAAUUAUAAACAAUUUUACCAUUAUAUGAUUGUUGAGAUUCUGAUGAUUAUUCAGCAGAGAGAAUAAUGAAAAUUUCAAUGGAUAACAAAAGUGUUCGAAAUCGCGCGCGAUCACAUUUGCAUAUCAUAUAUGUGUGCAAAUAAAUAAAUUCUCCAUGCAUUCGACAUAUCUAAGCACACAUCUGUACCUCUCGAUGCUUAUUAAAAUCAUGUGUGUGGAAUAUAUAUAUAGACCUUGUUUAUGUAUUAUUCAUGAACUAUGUUAUACAUAUAUUUUGCUAUCGUUUACGGCAAUUGACGUGACGCACGUGCUGCUCAUAUAAGGCUCGAUCUUAACAGUAUUUAGUAGAUAUGUCUAUUAUAUUUUUUCUAAAAGGCAAUAGAAAAAAUAACAAUGGAAAAGAUAACAUUUUCUCGUUCUAUGCUUGUUCUAGAACUAACUUUCUUACGCGUGUACUUCAUAUCUAAUAAAGAAGAAUAAUAUCAACAAGAGCCAGUAUGGUCGAAUUAAUCAUUAAUUUCCUUAUUAUUAUUUUUUAAAUUCUCUCUGGCGAAGAACACAAAUUUAUUAUUUCUUACACGUGUCUAUACAUGUUUAUCUUUUAUCCAUCUUUCCGUACUAUUUAUAAUCUAUAUAUAAUGUUAUAUUUAUAUAAUAAUUCUAUCAAUUUUUCCUGUGCAGUUAUCGCAACACAUGGAUUUGUUAUUUUCGGAUUGAUAGUUGUGUUUGCUGAUCGAUAUAUUUGCUGGAUUUUCUUGAAAAAUAUUAUUUUCAAGCGGCAAACGCAGAGGGAAGAUAAUAUGUGAUGCACUUUAAACUCUACAAUAAACUUGCGCGUUUCUCUACAUAUUUUGUAGAGUAAUAUUCUCAUAAAGAAACACUUUAUUAUAUAUAGGCAACAGCAAUUUUAUAAAAGUUAAUGCUCGACUGAAGAUGAUGUCGCCGUAGAAUGUUCGUGAAAGUUUUAUUUUGGUCCUCAGACAUCACAGAUCAGUGAAAGUUGUUUCGGUUAUUACCACCGGUUGUCCUUGAGCUCAGAAGCUUGAGAUCAAUAAUUCUUCUUUUAUCUUUUUAAUUAACGAUUGAUGAAUAUGCGCGGCCAGCGAGAGUAAUAAAUACUUUGAAUCAACCUGAAAACAAUAGUCGCUAAUUACGUUAUCCAUGUGUAUAAAUAUCGAAUAUUGACACUCCGUGUUAUCUUUUGCGAACAUAAUAUAAUUAUCUCUGAUAAAUAAUACGAUAAGAUUAUCAGAAUUUUUUCCGGCAAUAAAUUUAAUUGAAUCUCUCUAUUGAUUUAAAUUCAGUAUAAGCUCUUUCUCGCGCGAUUUUCCUCGCAGAGUUGUCACGCAAAUCCGAUCAGCCAAGGGGCUCACGAAGCUGAAUGGAUACUUUGGUGCCGUUAUUUCUAAGAAUUUGUAGUUUAUCUACAUUAUGGCUUAUCCUGUUACUAUCACCAACCACUCUUGCCUCCUACAGUAUUGGCGUCGGAAGAGCUGAUAGCACAGGACCUACAGCGGAAAUUGUUUUUAUGGGAUAUGCAAAAAUGGAUCAAAAAGGAAAUGGUUUGCACCUCCGGACAUUUUCCAGAGCUUUCAUAAUCGACGAUGGCGUGGAAAGAUUUGUGUUUGUGAGCGUGGAUAGUGCGAUGAUAGGCAACGACAUUCGACAGGAGGUAUUGCGCAAAUUGCAGGUCCAAUUUGGCGACAUGUACACGGAGAGGAACGUGAUGAUUAGCGGCACGCAUACACAUUCGAGUCCGGGUGGUUUCAUGCUUGACGUCCUUUUCGAUCUGACCACAUUCGGCUUCGUCAGGGAGUCGUUCAACGCAAUCGUAAAUGGCAUAACGAAGAGCAUCGAACGCGCUCACGAUGCAGUUGUGCCCGGAAGGAUCCUGAUUGCUCACGGUCAAGUUUUAAACGCUAAUAUUAAUAGGAGUCCUCAGGCGUAUCGGAACAAUCCGAAAUCAGAAAGAGAUAAAUACGAGCACGAUGUAGACAAAAUACUAACACAGUUGCAAUUUAUCGGAGCCGACGAUAAACGUCUCGGUGUCAUAAAUUGGUUCGCUGUACAUCCGACUAGCAUGAACAAUACUAAUCGCCUGGUCUCCAGCGACAAUAUGGGUUAUGCAUCGAUCCUCUUUGAGAAGAUGAUGAAUAAUAAUGCCGCGAUCGGCAAGGGUCAGUUCGUGGCAGCCUUCGCCUCCACGAAUCUCGGUGACGUUUCGCCAAAUACACGUGGUCCCAAAUGCGAAUUCUCUGGGCAGAACUGUUCCGAUCAGUACACAUGUCCUGGAAAAAAAGAGAAAUGCUUCGCUUCCGGUCCCGGCGAAAAUAUGUUUGAGAGCACGAGCAUCAUCGCUCACAGGAUAUACCAGGAGGCCAAGAAAUUAUGGCAGAGCGACGAGGCGAUGGAAGUGGUCGGACCAGUGCGAGUGGCCCACCAAUACGUCAACAUGCCGGAGCAGACCGCGGAGUUCUACAACGAGACAAUGGGCAGAUUCGAGGAGGUUCGCGGCUGUACGCCUGCGAUGGGUUACAGCUUCGCGGCUGGCACCACCGACGGACCAGGUUCGUUCGCCUUCGAGCAAGGAACAACAACGUCAAAUCCUUUCUGGAAUGCCGUACGAAACUUUCUGGCCGCCCCGUCGAAGGACGAUAUUUCCUGCCACGGCGCAAAACCUAUUUUGUUAGCCACCGGACGGAUGAAGUUACCCUAUCAGUGGCAGCCGAAAAUCAUUUCGACUCAGGUAGGCAUAAUCGGAAACGUCGUCAUCGCCGGAGUGCCUGGUGAAUUCACGACAAUGUCCGGAAGAAGAUUGCGAGAGGCUAUAAAGAAAGUCAUGAAUGAUGCUUCCAACGACGAAACAUUCGUAAUAGUCGCAGGGCUCUGCAAUACUUACAGUGAUUACGUAACGACGCCCGAGGAAUAUCAAAUACAGAGGUAUGAAGGCGCAUCGACGAUAUAUGGCCCGCAUACGCUUACAAUUUACUUGAAACAGUAUCAAGAGCUGGUACAAGCAGCUAUUUUACAAAAAUUUAUUCCACCGGGACCACCAGCUUCGAAGCUGCUGCAAAGCAACCUGAUUACUCUUGUACCCCCGGUGUUGUACGACACCCCAAGAUGGGGACGUAACUUCGGCGAUGUGAUCCAGCAGCCAUCAAAAAUCGCUUCACUAGGUGACACGGUUACGGCAAUCUUCGUCGCCGGACAUCCACGUAAUAAUUUAAUGACAGAUAGCACUUUCUUAACCGUAGAGCGAUUAGAAGGCGAUGAAGUUUGGCUGCCAAUAGCCACAGACGCCGAUUGGGAGACUAAAUUUCAAUGGACGAGAACUUCCGUGAUAUUGGGAUCGAGUCAGGUGACCAUUACGUGGGAAAUCUCACAAGACGUUAAACCGGGCGAAUAUCGCAUCAGGCAUAACGGCUACUAUCGUUAUAUUCUUGGUGGCGUGUAUCCUUACUACGGUGUCACCAAUCAUUUUCGAGUGGAAGUUCCUGGACGACAGAUAAUUCGUAAACGUUACUUUGGAUAAGCUCUUGAUAUUUUCCUGCCCCAUGUGCUUUCUUAGUUAGUAAAGAAAUCAUUACGCUUAAUUUGCUAACGAAUCAAUGUCGCCAUACAGUCAACAUAUGUGUAAAUAGAUAUUCUAUUUUAAUUAAAUAGUGAAUAUAUCUUUUUUAAGAUAUUAUUACGCCUCUUUAUAUGUAGAAGUUCGUGUAUAUAAAAUAAUAAAUUCUUUAGAUAUAUGGUAUAUCCGCGUUUAUUGCGAUAUAGCCGCGUUUUUGCGUACAUUUUUAAAAUAUUUUUAUGUUGAGGAAAAAACGUCGGAAUAUUUAUCGAGGUUCUCGCAAAAAAUCUUCCAUCACAGAAUUUCUUUAGAUAUAUAUUUUUUUUAGAUUUAAUAAUGCCACAUGAAACUAUUAGAAUCUUCUUAUGUAGAAUAAUAUUAAUAUGUACUACACAUGAUAUGUGUAUUGGACUAAUUUUAAGAUGAAAUUUUUGAAAUUAUUCUUGCGAGCUUGAUUACAGAAAGUAAUCAUUAUUGUAAAAAUAUAGAUUUAUUUAAUAAUCAAUAAAGUACUGUGUAAUUGCGGUUAUAUCUUCUUGAA